UUUGAGGCGAGCGCGGGGCGCGCGGCGCCGCCUCGAUGCGCCCGGGAGACGCCUCGGCGCCCCAGCCCAGCUGAACAGCCCCGAGAGCGCCGCGGCCGGCCCGGGAGGGCGAGUGGGGAGGCGCGGGGAGGCGCGGCCAGCCCCGGGAGACGGAGAGCGAGCGGGCGAGGAGGAGCGAGCCCGAGAGCGAGCGCAGGGAGCAGACACCAUGCCGGGCUGGAAGAAGAAUAUCCCCAUCUGCUUGCAGGCGGAAGAGCAGGAGAGAGAUGAGAGUCCCUACACUAAAUCCGCCAGCCAGACAAAGCCGCCUGAUGGAGCAUUGGCUGUGAGGAGACAGAGCAUCCCAGAGGAAUUCAAGGGCUCCACCGUGGUUGAACUGAUGAAGAAGGAAGGCACUACCCUCGGGCUGACGGUCUCGGGUGGAAUUGACAAGGACGGCAAGCCGAGAGUAUCUAAUCUGCGGCAGGGAGGAAUUGCUGCUAGAAGUGAUCAGCUGGAUGUGGGUGACUAUAUCAAAGCAGUGAAUGGCAUCAACCUGGCCAAAUUCCGCCACGAUGAGAUCAUCAGCUUGCUGAAGAAUGUUGGGGAAAGAGUGGUUCUUGAAGUUGAGUAUGAGCUGCCGCCAGCCUCUGUUCAAGGAUCGAGUGUUAUUUUCCGAACGGUGGAGGUCACGUUGCAUAAAGAAGGCAAUACCUUUGGUUUUGUAAUACGAGGGGGAGCACAUGAUGAUAGAAAUAAAUCUCGUCCGGUUGUAAUAACAUGUGUUCGUCCUGGAGGGCCUGCUGACAGAGAGGGCACAAUCAAACCUGGUGAUAGGUUGCUCAGUGUGGAUGGAAUUCGGCUUCUUGGAACCACACAUGCUGAGGCCAUGAGCAUUCUCAAACAGUGUGGGCAAGAAGCGACGCUGCUGAUCGAAUAUGAUGUCUCGGUCAUGGAUUCUGUGGCAACAGCAUCCGGGCCACUACUAGUUGAAGUUGCCAAAACUCCUGGUGCCAGCCUUGGUGUGGCCCUGACUACCUCGAUGUGCUGUAACAAACAGGUCAUUGUCAUAGACAAAAUCAAAUCUGCAAGUAUCGCAGACAGAUGUGGUGCUCUGCACGUGGGCGAUCACAUCCUGUCCAUCGACGGGACCAGCAUGGAGUACUGUACGCUCGCAGAAGCAACCCAGUUCCUGGCCAACACCACCGACCAGGUCAAGCUUGAGAUUCUUCCCCAUCAUCAGACCCGCCUGGCCCUGAAGGGACCUGACCAUGUGAAAAUUCAGAGGAGCGACAGGCAACCUCCCUGGGAUUCCUGGGCCAGCGACCACUGCAGUCUUCACACCUACCAUCACUAUAAUACGUACCACCCUGACCAUUGCAGAGCGCCAGCCCUGACAUUCGCGAAAGCACCUCCUCCAAACAGCCCUCCAGCUUUGUCUUCAUCCUUCUCUCCUACCUCCACGAGUGCAUACAGCCUGAGUUCCCUGAACAUGGGGACUUUGCCUCGAAGCCUCUACUCCACUAGCCCACGUGGAACCAUGAUGAGGAGGAGGUUGAAAAAGAAAGACUUCAAAAGCUCACUGUCAUUAGCCUCCAGUACGGUGGGCUUGGCUGGGCAGGUUGUUCACACAGAAACCACAGAGGUUGUGCUCACAGCAGAUCCUGUCACAGGAUUUGGAAUUCAACUGCAGGGCAGUGUGUUUGCCACAGAGACCCUCUCCUCUCCACCUCUGAUUUCCUAUAUUGAAGCUGACAGCCCGGCAGAGAGAUGUGGGGUGCUACAGAUUGGAGACAGAGUGCUGGCCAUUAAUGGAAUUCCAACUGAAGACAGCACCUUUGAGGAAGCCAGUCAGCUCCUCCGAGACUCUUCAAUCACAAGCAAGGUCACACUGGAAAUUGAGUUCGAUGUUGCAGAGUCUGUCAUCCCGAGUAGUGGAACAUUUCAUGUAAAGCUCCCUAAGAAACACAGUGUGGAACUUGGAAUAACCAUAAGUUCACCAUCCAGUAGAAAACCAGGAGACCCCCUGGUCAUAUCAGAUAUCAAGAAAGGCAGUGUGGCACACAGAACGGGAACCCUGGAACUUGGGGAUAAAUUACUUGCCAUAGAUAACAUCAGGCUGGACAACUGUUCCAUGGAAGAUGCAGUUCAGAUCCUCCAGCAGUGUGAAGACUUGGUGAAGCUGAAAAUCCGCAAAGAUGAAGAUAAUUCAGAUGAGCAAGAAAGUUCCGGAGCAAUUAUUUACACCGUGGAGCUGAAGCGCUAUGGGGGGCCCCUUGGCAUCACGAUUUCAGGAACUGAAGAGCCUUUUGAUCCUAUAAUCAUUUCAAGCCUCACUAAAGGAGGGUUAGCUGAAAGAACUGGCGCGAUACACAUAGGAGACCGAAUCCUAGCCAUCAAUAGCAGCAGCUUGAAAGGGAAGCCUCUGAGUGAAGCCAUCCAUUUGUUACAGAUGGCAGGAGAGACUGUCACCUUGAAAAUUAAGAAGCAGACAGAUGCCCAGUCAGCAUCCAGUCCCAAGAAGUUCCCUGUUGCCAGCCACCUGAGUGACCUGGGAGAUUUGGAGGACCCGUCUCCAGCACAGAAGCCAGGCAAACUCACCGAUACGUACCCCUCCACUGUGCCCAGCGUGGACAGUGCCGUGGACUCGUGGGAUGGCUCCGGAAUAGAAGGCAGCUAUGGGAAUCAAGGCACUGGCUUUCAGGCCUCAGGCUACAACUUCAACACCUAUGACUGGAGGAGUCCCAAACAGAGAGGCAGUUUGUCCCCAGUCACUAAGCCUCGAAGCCAGACUUACCCAGAUGUGGGGCUGAGUAACGAAGACUGGGACCGGUCCACAGUCAGUGGUUUUACAGGGGCUCCCGACAGCGCAGAGGCCGAGCAAGAGGAGAACUUCUGGUCUCAAGCGCUAGAGGAUUUGGAAACCUGUGGACAAUCAGGAAUUCUCAGAGAACUCGAGGAGAAAGCUGACAGGCGUGUGUCUUUGAGAAACAUGAAUCUCUUGGCAACAAUCAUGUCGGGGAGCACGAUGAGUUUGAAUCACGAGGCCCCUACACCUCGCAGUCAGCUGGGGCGACAGGCCAGCUUCCAGGAACGGAGCAGCUCACGGCCACACUACAGCCAGACCGCUCGGAGCAACACUCUGCCCUCGGAUGUGGGCAGGAAGUCUGUCACCCUGAGAAAAAUGAAGCAGGAAAUGAAGGAGAUCAUGUCCCCAACGCCUGUGGAGCUGCACAAGGUGACCUUGUACAAGAGCUCUGACAUGGAGGACUUCGGGUUCAGUGUAGCAGAUGGCUUGCUGGAGAAAGGAGUAUAUGUCAAAAAUAUUCGCCCAGCUGGGCCAGGAGAUCUUGGUGGCUUAAAGCCCUACGAUAGGCUCUUACAGGUUAAUCAUGUCCGAACGAGAGACUUUGACUGCUGCCUUGUUGUGCCCCUCAUAGCAGAAUCUGGUAAUAAGCUGGACCUGGUUAUUAGUAGAAACCCCCUGGCUUCACAGAAGUCCAUAGAACAGACUCUACCAGGAGGAGAAUGGAGUGAACAGAACAGUGCUUUUUUCCAACAGUCGAGCCACGGUGGUAAUUUGGAGAUACGAGAACCCACUAAUACAUUAUAGCGAUGCUUUUUAUAAAGCAGGACAAAAGACAAUAUCUACAUGGUGCUAAAAAAAAAAAUCCCUUUAAGAAAGAUUUCUGUGAUAUUUGAAGCACAGAUAAUCAUGUGGCAUUAACUGCAAGCACAGGGGUCUUUUAAAUCUCAUGGCUCAUGUUCACUUCCCCUUUCAAGUUGAAGAGGUUUCUUUGUUGAUCACUAUGGUAUAUGACAGGCAAUCCCCUACCAAGACCAAGGGUAGAGAAAAAGAAAAACAGCUAGGCCACCCCUCUCUACAGUUAACAUCAGAGGAAAUUUUUUACAAGUCCAUCUUCCUAUUCCUUUUUAAAAAGAGAAAUAUCUGUUUGAAAAUGUUCACUAUGAUAAUUUCCUUAAUUCACUUUGAAAUCAGUUUCUUACUACAAAGUCAUUCAUGUAAGAAUUUAACCAACAAGGCUUUUCAUAAAGCUGGCUCUACUAGGAGAACUAGUUUGGUGAACUGCUGGGACUGCUGCUAUGGGAGGGGUACAGAUAUAAAAUCAUCUUACAACGUUUCAGCAAUGAUGCACGUAGGCGACCAUAAUAGGUGGUGGUAAAUGUUUUGCCCAAGUAUAGGAAUGAUUUUUAACUAAGAUGUAUGCGAUUCCCUAUGCAACAAAUUAUCAAACAAACAGGAUAUGUCUUGUGACCUGUUUUUUUUUUAAGGACACAUUUUUAAUAGCUGAAAAAUCUCUGAUAAUGAAUUAGGGUGUUUAGCAACACUGAGAAUUAGUUAUCUUAUUUUUAAAAUUCAAGACUAAGAAUUUGAGAAUGAAGAGUCUAUUAAAAUGAGGUUUAUCUUGAUAGGCAAAUCAAACUCAUACUGCUUGACAUGUUUUGAAAACUGAUUAUAUUGAGGGGUGUACAGCACAUGUACUUAAAAAUGACACUGGACUGUCUUUUGUUCUGAGCCAUGCCACUUACUGAAAUUGUAAAUACAUUUUUCACAAAAUGCAUUGCCAAUUAUUAC